CUCCUCCCUGCGGUAUAUGCCAAAGGAAACACAGCCGCAAGAAUCGCAGUGGAGGGAGGAGCUCCGUCGAUUCAAUUGACCGUUAAAAAAGGAGCCGUUACGGAUAGGGAAGCCAUAGCGCAGAAAGAAAAGGGCAGUACUGUCAUUUUAUGCUGCCCUUCUCCUCCUCAUCUCCUCCACGUGCCGCCAUCUCCUACUCCCUUCCACUUCCCGCCCCUUUCCAGCCUCUUCUCGGCCGUCCUCGACCACCGUCCCUAUCUCGACUCCUACGGUUUUCUUGGAGCUCGCAAGAAACCCUAGCUGGGAAUUACGCAUCCGAAUGAUCCUCCGAUCGGUGCCCUCCCAAUUCGAUCUCCAAGCCGCGUUGCUCCGUCCCGAGAAUCCUCACCGGUCUCGCCGGAGCCCUCGGAUCCGGGAGGCGGUCCUCCCCCAUAACAAGCCGCGGGGGAGGCGGCGGCGGGUGGAGGUCCGCGUCCGGUCCUCGCUCGAUGGCUUCUUACAGGACCUCGUCGUUGCCUUCCCCUCCCUGACCUCCCUCGACCUCCUCUUCGCCCCUGCGAUCGGAUUUGCCGCUGGUGCCGCUUUUUAUUUCUCUUCUUUAAGGAGGGGAAAGCCGUCUGAUGUGGAUGCCGUGGUUGGAGAUUGGGUUCUGUUCACGAGCCCGACGCCGUUCAACCGGAGCGUCCUCCUCCGGUGCCCUUCGGUGUCAUUUGAGGAUGGUGGCGAGCUUUUAGAGGGAGUGAACGAGAGUCUUCUCAGGGACGAGCGGCACUACGUGAAUCUCAGCAGCGGAAAGAUCCCCUUUGCAAGGGACGAGGGAGAAGAGGGGCCUGAGGAGGAGAUAUCCUACCAGAGGGCCUGCGUGGGGACGGAUGAUGGAGGGGUUAUCUCAUUGGAUUGGCCCGAAAAUUUGGACUUGGGGAAGGAGCAUGGGUUGGACACGACAGUGCUCAUCGUGCCAGGGACUACUGAAGGGAGCAUGGAUAGAUACGUGAGAUAUUUCGUAUCUGAUGCCCUCCAGCAUGGUUAUUUCCCCAUUGUCAUGAAUCCAAGAGGUUGUGCUGGUUCCCCAUUGACUACACCAAGGUUAUUCACAGCUGCUGACAGUGAUGAUGUCUUCACAGCUCUCCAAUUCAUCAGCACAGUAAGACCCUGGACAACUGUGAUGGGUGUUGGCUGGGGUUAUGGUGCAAAUAUGCUGACGAAGUAUCUUGCUGAAGUAGGAGAGUCAACUGUCCUAACUGCUGCUGUUUGUGUAGAUAAUCCAUUUGACUUGGCUGAAGCCACAAGGUCAUUCCCUCAUCAUAUUGCUUUGGACCAAAAGCUCAUGAGUGGGUUGAUAGAUAUUCUGCAAGAUAACAAGGAACUCUUUCAAGGUAAAGCUAAAAAUUUUGAUGUUGGAAAAGCUUUGUCAACAAAAUCUGUUCGUGAUUUUGAUGGAGCUAUAUCAAUUAUUUCUCAUGGGCAUGAUACAAUUGAGGACUUCUAUUCAAAGACCAGUACAAGACAGUCAAUACAGAGUCUUAAGAUUCCUGUCCUUUUUAUACAGAGUGAUGAUGGGACUGUGCCAACUUACUCUAUUCCACGCAGUUCAAUAGCAGAAAAUCCAUUUACAAGCCUGCUUCUUUGUUCUUACUUGCCUUCAUCUUUUAUGGCAACAAGGCAUUCUGCCAUUUUUUGGUGCCAACAUCUUGCUAUUGAGUGGAUAUCAGCAGUGGAGUUUACACUUCUGAAGGGUCGUCAUCCUCUUUUAAAAGAUGCUGAUGUCACCAUCAAUCCUUCAAAAGGUUUGGCAUUUAUUGAUGAGAGAGCACCAGAGCAGAAUAUUUCCAAUGGUGUUGAAGGGAGAUACAAUUCUUCCCCUUUGCAUUUAAGCCAUAAGAUUGUAGAUGGGUAUAUAAAUAGGAAGCUUACCCAGCCAAACUCUGUAAAUGGAUUGCUUGAUGAUCCAGCUAAUAGUGUGCUUAAGCAAACUGAUGCUGCAGCUCAAGGUAAAGUUAAUGGUAAUGUGGAUUCAAGAAGUGAGGUACAGCAGAUAGAGAGUGAAGAUGAUGAUGGAACAAAGCAUAUCAAUGCCAUUGAUUUCCAGAAUAGUAGUGCAGAUACUGAGAUGGAUGAAGAAGAAAACAAAGUUUUACAAACUGCAGCUGUUGUCAUGAAUAUGCUUGAUGUUACAAUGCCUGGCGCUCUUGAUGAUGAACAGAAGGAAAAGGUUCUUUCCGCUGUUGGGCAAGGAGAAAACCUGGUGAGAGCUCUUCAAGGAGCUGUGCCAGAAGAUGUACGUGGAAAGCUCACAACUGCUGUUACUGAAAUUAUGCAAACUCAAGGGAAAAACUUGAAUCUUGAAGGACUCAAUAGGAUUGGUUGGAUUCCUAAUGUUACGUCAAAGGUAAAUUCAAGGAUCCAAGAUACAGUGAAGAUCUCAGUGAAUGAGAAUGGCAAUGAUGAGAACAAUUCAGGUGUGGGUCAUGAGGGGAGGGUGCAAGGUGAUCUAGAACAGUUAAAUUCGGUCAAUAUCAGCAUUUCAGAAAAUGUUGAACCCUCUGAACAGAGAACUUCUCAGUCUCCUGGACUUACUGAUGAUGGAUGUGAACCAAGCCAGGGUAAUAGUACGGAGAGGGUUGAUCAUGUGAUAGAUGAAACUGGUGGUGAGAAGCACAAGUUCAGUCAAAGACUUGGAAUUGCUGAUAAGCACACUGAAGAUGAUAAUUUUCUUAAUGAUGCAAGUUAUAUCCAUUACAGUGAAGAAAAGAGUACAGACCAUAACAAAGAACAAAAUAUGCCAAUUUCUAUAUCUAAUUCUGAGGAGUCACUUUCAUCAAGUGUGUCAGUAUCAGAUCACCAGGUUGUGCAGAAAGAAUGCUAUGAAUUUCAGAAGAACGAAGACAAAGUUAAUCAGGAAUUGCAUCAAAAUUCACAUAGUUCCACAACAUCAAAUGAAGCUUUACAAUGCUCUUCUAAGCCCCCUUCACUCAGUGUCACUCAAGCAUUAGAUGCCUUGACCGGAUUUGAUGAUUCUACACAGAUGGCAGUUAACAGUGUGUUUGGGGUUUUAGAAAACAUGAUUGACCAGUUAGAGAAAAGUAACAAUGAAGGGGAUGAUGAUGAAGUGAAGAAAAGUAAGGAUGAGAUAUCUCAAAUUCUAUCGCCUGACCUUCCCACCGUCAAUGGAGACGAUUAUAAAAGGACAGAGCAGAGAAGCAAUCGAUCAAGUAAAAUAUCAAAUAUAAAUCUGUCACCUAGGCAUCCUGAUAAUUAUGUAAAUAAGGAAGACAUUCAACCUGAUAACACUGUGGAAGAUAAAUUGGGUUCGAAUUGUAUUGCUAAUAGCCUUGAAUCAUCCACAGAAACUAGGACUGGAGGGUCCGAAUUAAAUACUUUAGGACUUAAUCCCUCAAACAAUAUUGGUAAAGUUGGCCCUUUACAAAAUUAUUCUCUAGACAAAGCUAUUGACCCUUAUUAUUGGGGCUCACCAUAUGAAGCAUAUCUCCAGAGGUAUAUUUCUUCUUGGUUCCCAAGAUCAAAAUCAUCUGAUUUGGAUUCAACUACUGAUUUAUUCCUUGACCCAGAAAAGGGUCAGUGGAAAAUGCUAGAUCAAGCAGGAAGUUUCAGUGGUAACAUAGAAGAAGGCUGGCAAAAUCAGAUUAUCAAUGGAGACACCGAAAAUCAGCAUCAGUCAUCAACGCAAAGUGACGCAGAUAGUAUUAUCGAGACAUCAUAUGCGAUUUUAGAUUCAGAACUUCCAGAAAUUGAACAACAAUUAACUGAAACUUUUGAUACUAAGGGUGGUUGGGAUACAAAAGAAGAGGAAAUGCUGUGCUUAAUUAGGAACAAUUUACUUGAUUCUCUGAAGGUUGAAGUUGAUCGUAGAUUGAGCACUUCCAAUUUGAAGGAAUUGGAAGGGGAUCUUGUAGAUGAUAUGAAACAAGUUGCUGAUGCAGUAACUAAAGCAAUCGUUCUAGACAAUCAUUUAGACUUGAAGUCGCUUUCAGAGGAUAGCGACCUAGAAAUGGUAAAUGGUACACUAGAUGGAGAACACACUGUCAAAAUAAUAUCUUCUGCAAUUGAGGAAACCAGAUAUUUGAAGAAGGUCCUUCCACUUGGUUUAAUUGUUGGUUCACUCUUGGCAUCUUUGAGAAAGUACUUCAAGAUUGCUGCUUUACAUUAUGUAGACCAAAACAAAGAUAUUGAGAAAUCUGGAAAUAUUCAGGAGAAACAUUCUGAGGAGGAGGUUUACACCAGGAAUGAACAUCUUGAUGAUGAGAAAAUUCAAGUUUACAAUGAUUUAACUGGUGUGGAUAAAAACUCUGCCACUACUAAUUACAGUAAAGAUGUAGUCAUGGUUAGAGCAGUUACCGCCGCCUUAGGUGCAACUGCAUUAUUAGCACACCAUCAGCAAAAGGACACUUACAAAAGCAGUCAAGUAAUGGAAGUUCCUUCAAGUGUAACUAACAUAGAAGGGUCUCAAAAUGAGGAGCAGACUAAGUCUGAGGAGGCAACCCAAGAGAAGAAUCCAAUUACUAUUGUGAGCAGUCUAGCUGAGAAAGCAAUGUCUGUUGCUGGACCUGUAGUACCGACCAAGGAUGAUGGGGAAGUGGAUCAGGAGAGACUGGUCGCUGUUCUAGCAGAAUUAGGACAGAAGGGUGGAUUGUUGAGAUUAGUUGGUAAAGUUGCUUUGCUCUGGGGUGGUUUACGUGGUGCUAUGAGCUUGACUGACAGGCUCAUCUCAUUUUUGCAUAUUGCUGAGCGUCCACUGUUUCAGAGGGUUAUUUGGUUCGGCUGCAUGGUUCUUGUCUUAUGGUCUCCAGUGGUGAUUCCCCUACUCCCAACACUAGUACAAAGUUGGACAAUGAGGACAUCAAAUAAAAUUGCUGAAUAUGCAUGUGUUUUGGGACUCCAUGUUUCUAGUAUGAUCCUUGUUGUACUUUGGGGUAAAAGAAUACGAGGCUAUGACAAUCCCCUUGAACAAUAUGGACUGGAUCUCAGAGAACCCAGGGUCCUUGGUUUUGUUAAAGGUUUGAUUGGAGGAAUGGCAAUCGUCAUGUUUGUACAUUCUAUCAAUGGAUUACUAGGAUAUGCAAGCCUCUCCUGGCCAUCGGGUUCCACUUCGUUGUCUCUAAAAUCAUUCAUCAACAUGCUACUACUAGGUGUUCGAGGGAUUAUUACAGCAACAGGUGCUGCUCUAGCUGAGGAGUUGUUGUUUAGGUCAUGGCUUCUUGAGGAAGUUGCAGUAGAACUCGGAUACUACCGUGCCAUUAUGAUAUCUGGAGUUGCAUUUUCUCUAAUUCACAGGUCCCUACCUUCAAUACCUGGAUUUUUGCUAUUAUCUUUGGCACUUUUUGGAAUUAAGCAGAGAUCAAAUGAUAAAAUCUAUGUCCCAAUUGGAGUACGUUCUGGGAUAAUGAUCACCAAUUUUACCUUGCAAACUGGUGGCUUCAUCAGAUAUGAGUGUGGCACUCCUUCCUGGUUAAUUAAUACUCAUCCUCUGCAUCCAUUUGACGGUGUUGUUGGACUAAGUGUAUGUGUUCUGUUAGCCAUUCUUUUCUUUCCAAGGCAACCUCAGCAAGCGAAAUGUUCAAAGGAUAUUCAAGAACAGAAUGGAUGAACAUGGUAGACAUUUAGAGAGAUUUGCUGUUGGUCACUAGUUGCAUAAAUGCACAAAGCAUGGAAGAAUACAGUAAGGGUGAAAAUCUUGCUACUUUUAUAGAAAUGGAAUAUAAACAAUUGUACAGCAACAGAAGGCUGUUGGUAAUGCUGUAAAGAUGUUAAAAAUGUUGCAACCUCUUCAGAAAUUAUUAGGGCAACAGAAGAGGUUUGGUUAUACCCUGCUUGGGCUGCUUGUGGAACAGGGGAAUCAAAAUGAUAAAUGUUUUUACCUCCAUUACUAACAAAUAAGGUCGUGAUGCACCAUAUUUUUUUCAGCUUAACAGUACAGUUUUGUGGAAAGCAGUUCUGUAAGAGAUUGAUGUUAGAUCAUAGACAUACACGAUUGGGAAAGAAUUGCGAAGGUGGUAAGCCUCAGUAAAUCUUGUUCUGUUCUGCCUUCAUCGUUACUUUUUACAUACAAUAACUGCACAAACGUGCUGUACUUUUUUGAAUAGUGAGUCCCUUCACUCUAGAGAAAGAUAUGAUUCAUCAGAUUUGGGAAGACAAAGAUAUAUGAAAAUGGUUUUCCUUUGUGUUUUAAGCUACUAAUAUAAAACAAUUAUUGUAAAGUUGUGAAGUAUAUGUACAGAUUUGAUUACUUGAUAUGUUACAAUAAAAGGUGGCAGAAGUUUCUUUGUGAGCUACUACUAUGGAAAAAAAAGAAAAAAUGGAAGUAAUAGCAUCCAGAAAGUUUUGUUGGUUGAUAUGGUACAAUGAUUUUUGAAUAAUUGAUUUGCCAUGUUGAGAUUGCUUGGAAACAGUAGUCUAAUGAGCUUAGAGAUGUUUACCAGUAUCUCAUCAUUAAUAUGGCAUUCAUACGCACACCGCCAUCAAGGGAGUUAGCUGAAGCUAGAAGAAGCAGCCAAUAGAGAAAGUUCAUUAAGGGUGAGAACUUGCAGUCACACUAUAUGACUUUGUAACUUUCUGCCUUGCCAUCAGUGUAGCAUGGGAGAUUGAUAAGAUCUUUCCUUGAAUCUGAGUUGGAACUUAGACUUGUUGAUGCAGGACACAGGAGAUAGGUCUGCAAAACCCUAUAUGGCAGAGGUGGAAUUUCUUAUUUAAACCGAUGUACAGAAAGUGCAUAUGCCAUGAAGCAGCAGCUAUUACAGGCUGAAGGAGAAUAAUGCAUCAAUCAGUCAGUGAAGCAGAGACGAUGCUCGCUUGUAGAUGCACAAGUGGGAUUUAUUAGUGGAAGUCAGUAUAUCUUACUGAAGUUUCUUAAACACUACAAGGCCGCCAUUGUUGCACAAUCUUUUUGAAACUGUUAACUAAAAGCUUAGUUUUAGUUUGAGCUGGAUUUAAUGAAUCAAUGAGCUUUGAUGAUUACAAAGAUCUUGUAUGGGUGUGUCAAUGUCUUUAGAGACUUGGGAGGUAUUGCUGAAGUUGGACAUGUCAUCCUUUCCGGUGUCUCGGGGAGUAGAAGAGGUGGUGAAAUGGUGCACCACCAAUUUGGUCCAAUGAACUGUCUUCACAUGCUGGCCAUUUGAUCCAAUCAGAAGCUGGAUUAGAAUUCUCCUUCCUUGGUCAUUGAAUAUGAAAAAUGUUACUCAGGUCGAAAUGCAUAAAUGGCAUCAUUACUCUCACCUAUCUAAAUUCAGAAGUUGAUAGAUUGAGAUCUCCAUUUAUUUUUUUUGUAUGACUGAUGAUAUUGAUGUCUCCUCAUGGAGUUAUCAUUCAUGUGAACAAUGUGAUCUCUGCUAAUUCAUAGAAAUAAAGCCUGUAGUUGACAA